UGUAAGAGAUUAGAAAUUGUUUUGAUAGCCCUGUAUCCCAAUUCCACCCACAUUCUGCAGCCUUGUGAUGUUGCAGCAUUUAGGCCACUCAAGGCAUCCUGGAACAAAUCCCUCCUAGCAUGGCGGCGUGCCCACCCCACGGAGGCUCUAACUAAGCUGCACAUUGGUCCUAUUCUGAAAACUGCUCUUCAAAAAGACAUGACUGUCACCAUACAGAACGGUUUUAGGGCUACAGGACUUUUCCCAUUCAACCCGGAUGCAGUCAACUAUUCUAAGUGGAAGGGUCAUCAGCGGCAAACCAACGCGACAGACGUCAGCAGUGCAACCCCGAAAAAGGCAAUCACUUUGGAAGACUUCCGUCAGAUUGUGGGAGAAGAGGCGAUGACAGUUGUCGAAAAAAACGCAGAUGACACUACUGAAUGUCCUGCAGAACUUGCAUUGUGUCGCCUUUACCGUGCGCUGUCGAACCCCGAAGAGUCUACGCAGGACGUUACUCGGAAAGAAGAUGGACCCAGCUCGCUUCCAGACGACGUGACCCUUGAUGUAGAUAUAAGUAUUGUGCGUGAAGAGCCAAUCUCGGAAACAGAAGAUCCGGACGAUCCAGAACCACGUCCCCACUCGUCAUCCUCCGGCAGUUCGGACCUGCAGGGUGUCCUGCAGUGGCCCCACAGCCCCAAAAGGAAAGGCAAGCGGCAGACAGAAAAGAUGCCCUACGUCAUCACAUCAAAACGGUGGAAAGAUCUGCAAGAUGAAAAAGAUCGGAAACGGAACGAAGAAGCUCGUCUAAAGGCCGAAAGGGCCGAACUGCGCCUCGCGAAGCGGGCCGAGAAGGACGCCGUGAUGGCCGAGAAGGCGGCCGAGCGGCAGAGGAAGUCCAGCCAGGCUCCAGGGACCCGUAAAACACGGCAAUCUAGAUAAAAUCACAGGGUGUCGACUACUGGGCCAGGCAGUGUCGACUACUGGGCCAAAGGUGUCGACUACUGGGCCAAUGCAGAUUGUUUUUUGUUCUAAUUUUUUGUGUACAAAAAUAAAUUUAUUUUUAUUUUCGACCUAUGGAGAAUUAAGUUUAAUCCUUCCCCUACACGCCCCAAUUUUUUCCCCGGCGCUACCGUACACACACGCUCCGUGGUAGGCAAUUUUGAAAAGACCUGCUCUUAAACUGUCGACUACUGGGCCCCUUACCCUAUGUUGGACAAGUAUUCAGCAAAGAAGGAAGAAGUAUUGACCAGUGAUUCACUUACAUUAGUUACCCUAAUUGGGUCGGUAUUCGCUCACACAUCGAGUUUCCAUGAUUAGGCUCUCAAGGCACCACUCGACGCCUAAAACUUAAACCACCCUGCACUUCGCUGGAUAAAGUAUCCCAAAUAAACAAUCAUUAGCACAUAUUCACAUAAAUUCGUACUAUUACAAAACAAAACUACCUAAAUUAUUGAAAGACAAAAAGAGUCAUUGAAAGAAACUUCUGAGUUUUCUCCGACUUUUCAAAAGUCAACCAGGCACACCGUCAUCGCAGGUCGUAGCUGUAAGAAAAAAUAUCAUGUCACGGACCGAAUUCAAAGAAAACCUAAUUUUCCCGCUUCUGACAAUAACAGGGAAUGCAAAGGUAAACAGAAGAACAUCGCCUUCCCCCCAAUUUUAUAUGCACUUUUCGAAAAAAACUAAAAUU